AUCCUUCUUCUCUCAAUUCUUUCACACAUACUUUUCUACGUCUAUUUUUCACGUACGUACACGAUUUCUUCUUUUCUUCUUCUUUCCUUUAUUCUUUUAUUACGAGGAAGAAGAACAUAACACUUUUUUGUCCCUUUCCCACCUCCAAAUCAUCUCUGGUUUUCUCGACAAAGACGUGGGAGAAAGAAAGAGAGAGAGAGAGAAAGUCUGAUUACUCCUUUAAUUUUGUUGUCUCUCCUUCACUUUCCAGGAAAAUCCCUUUCUCAUGUUAGUUAAAUUGAUUUCUGUUCAUACUUCUUAUUCCAUAAUUCAUAUUUUUUGUGUUUAACUUCUCGGAUCAAAAGUAAUUUAAUUGUUUUCUUUAUUCCACCAAAAUUCAACUUGUUUUCCUUAAAAAAAGUUUUAAUUUUCUACUCUCUGAAGACAUGAACUGUCUGUUCUUGUUCAAAUCAAAGAAACCUAAAACCAGAAAUCAAAACAAAGACAAAAGAAAAGGAAAAGAGAUAGCACAAAACUCAGCUCCAGAAUUGAGGAACCAGAGCGAAACGCUGUCGUUUAAUCUCCAGACGCCGAGAUCGUUGCCUUCUCCGCGAAGUAUCAGAGACUUGUAUACAGAGAGGGAAAAUAAUCUUAGGGUUUUCACUUACGAAGAACUCAGUGAAGCCACUUGUGGGUUUAGCAGAAAGCUUAAGAUCGGCGAAGGUGGUUUCGGUAGUGUUUAUAAAGGAAAGAUUCCGACAAGUGGAGAUUCUGAUUCUCCACUUGUCGUAGCCAUCAAGAAACUCAAUCAACAAGGCUUACAGGGUCACAAGCAAUGGUUAGCAGAGGUUCAGUUUCUUGGGGUAGUGAAUCAUCAGAAUGUUGUGAAGCUCUUAGGUUAUUGCUCAGAUGAUGGCGAGAGGGGGAUCGAGAGGCUUCUGGUUUAUGAGUUUAUGUCGAAUCGAAGCUUAGAGGAUCAUCUCUUCACCCGUGGAUCAUACACAUUACCAUGGAAACAAAGGCUUGAGAUCAUUCUUGGUGCAGCUGAAGGAUUGGCUUAUUUACAUGAAAUUCAGGUGAUAUACCGAGACUUCAAAUCCUCUAAUGUGCUCUUAAACGAUGAGUUUUGUCCCAAAUUAUCGGACUUUGGGCUUGCAAGAGAAGGACCUCAGGGCGACAAUACUCACGUCACAACUGCAAGAGUUGGAACACAUGGUUAUGCGGCUCCUGAGUACGUGCAAACAGGCCAUCUUCGAAUGAAAAGCGAUGUCUAUAGCUUCGGUGUUGUGCUCUACGAGAUCAUAACCGGACGUCGAACCAUUGAGAGGAGCAAGCCAGCUGCUGAACAAAGACUAUUGGAGUGGAUCAAAGAGUAUCCUGCUGAUAGUCAACGAUUCAACAUGAUCGUUGACUCUCGGCUACGCAACAAUUAUCCAGCUGCUGGAGUCAGGAGUUUAGCUAAACUGGCAGAUCUUUGUCUGAAAAAGAACGAUAAAGAGCGGCCGUCAAUGGAGAUAGUAGUGGAAAGAUUGAAGAAGAUUAUCGAAGAAUCAAAUAGUGAAUAUUAUUCAAUGUCAGGGACUAAGGAAAGUAGUCAAGUACGAAGCAAGAGUCGAGUAGGAGGACCUGUGAAGGGGAGUUCGAGAGGAGGAGUUAGUGUCAGAGGAUGAUUUUGAGUUUUAGAAGAUUUUUCUUUUUUUUGGUCAAAAGUUUUAGAAGAUUAUUUUGUAGGUUUUAGUAUAUAAAAAAAGUUACAUGGUUUAUGCGAUUUGUUGGUUCGUAGUGGAAUUAGUAGAAAAAAAAAGGUAGCAUAUUGUGUGUUUAGAACUGAUUUAAUACGGUGAAUACAGAGAACCUUUAAUGGUGUUA